AUGUUUAGGAUAGCUAAAAGUUUAAGAAGCAGACUUAGAACUUUUGAAACUAUAAAAAACUAUGAUAAACAAAAAAGAAAUGAAAAAAAUCAAGAAAAAUUUAUUAAUACCGCAGGAGUAACACGAGAAAACCUUGAAUUAAAAAUUAAAGAAUCAGAAAAUAGACAUAUACUUGAGAAAUUUAUUACAGUUAUUCCCAGCAACUAUUCACCAAUAAUAUUAAAUAAAGAACAAAAACUAAAAAUAACCGAUAAUAAGUACAAAAGAUUACCUCGAGCACAACGAGAUCAAUUAAAAUUACAAUUACAAGAACAAUCCACUUCAUUCAGUUACAUAAAUAUAGAUGAAAUUCAACAACAAAAUGAUAAAGAUGAUAAAGAUGAUAACCAAAUAGUAACAUUAGUUGUUGAAGAUAAAGAAUAUUUUGUUAAAUUUAAUAACUUUGCAUUUUUAGCAGAUGUUAUCAAAUCAGAUGUUUUAUAUUUAUGUGGUUUGGUUAAAGAUUUACCAACAAAUCUUAAUAGAGAUAGUUCAUAUUUACGAGAUACAUCACUAUUAAAACGUUUUUAUGCAUUUGGUAAAAACAAAAAAAGAGUACCCAGUACAGCAUGUGCCAAAUGUUUGUUUUUUAAUUAUGAUAAAAUAAUAUUGGAAUCUUCAAAGAAUAUAAAAGAAAAAAAAUCAAACCCCAAAAAUGCUUCAAAAAAAAAACAAAAUUCAAGAAAUUAA